AUGAAGGUGAAGAAGGGCGGUGGCGGGGUCGGGACGGGGGCGGAACCCGCUCCGGGGCCCUCGGGCCCAAGCGUGGAGCCCAUGCCCGAGCCGCAGGCGGAAUCCGAAUCUGGGUCCGAGUCGGAGCCGGAGGCAGGCCCGGGACCCAGGCCGGGGCCGCUGCAGAGGAAGCCGCCGAUCGCGCCGGAGGACGUGCUGGGGCUGCAGCGGAUCACCGGCGAUUACCUCUGUUCCCCUGAGGAGAAUAUCUACAAGAUCGACUUCGUCAGGUUUAAGAUUCGGGACAUGGACUCAGGCACUGUCCUCUUUGAAAUCAAGAAGCCCCCAGCCUCAGAGCGGUUGCCCAUCAACCGGCGGGACCUGGACCCCAAUGCUGGGCGCUUUGUCCGCUACCAGUUCACGCCUGCCUUUCUCCGCCUGAGGCAGGUGGGAGCCACGGUGGAGUUCACAGUGGGAGACAAGCCGGUCAACAACUUCCGCAUGAUCGAGAGGCACUACUUCCGCAACCAGCUCCUCAAAAGCUUUGACUUCCAUUUUGGCUUCUGCAUCCCCAGCAGCAAGAACACCUGCGAGCACAUCUACGACUUCCCCCCUCUCUCUGAGGAGCUGAGUACGUGGGUCUCGUGGAAGCAGGGGAAGAGGGGGACACGUAGAGAGCAGGCCGGUGGUGGGGGUGCUUGUGGGUCUGACCCCUUUUCUUCUCGCCCUGAGUCUCUUGUAUCUGGCACUGUUCCACAUCACCUGUAGAGAAACGGGCUCAAAGAGGCUGGGGAGCUUUCUGGGGUUGUUCAGCUGUCCCUGUCCCCUAGACCCGAAGCUUCCACAGUGGCCUGACUCAGACUCCUGACCUUCACCCGGCCUGGCUGGGCCUCUCUUGCAGUCAGUGAGAUGAUCCGCCACCCGUAUGAGACACAGUCCGACAGCUUCUACUUCGUGGAUGACCGGCUGGUGAUGCACAAUAAAGCAGACUAUUCCUACAGCGGGACACCCUGACCCCCAAGCCACUCCCUGCCUGGAGACCCUGGUCCUGGGCCCUGUGCUGUGACCUCCCUAACGCUCACCUCUUAACCUCAAGUCUUCUGCUUGGGGAGUGCUCCAGGAGCUCUGGACCCUGAGUCAUCGUGGGGAGGAAGGGUACCUGGUGUCCCCAGUCCAAGCCCAUGAAACCCAUGGGGCCCACCAUGAGGGGUGAGGUCGUAGGGAGGCUGUUUGUCUCCAUGUCCAGGAAGACCUAAGAGAGGAGCAGCCAGGACUUCUGGACAGUGUAGCUGGGCCCUCUUGGGCCCACGUUUCAGAAUAGUGUUCCCCUAUCCAGGCUGUGACUAGGCCAGGGCAGGGACCCAUUCCCUGUCCCCAGCCCACCACCCUCAGGCCAUUUAGAGCCGAACCUUUACAAAGAUCCACAGUGGGGCCUGACUGCCAAGCUGCCCAAGGGAGUCUGGGCCCUGGACCCAGCCCCAUUCUCCCCCUUUAGGGGCUGAGACACCGCCUGAGGUGUGGAAGGGACCGGCCUGUGGUAGGUGCUGGACCAACUGUAUAUAGUUUUCAAUAAACUUUCUCCUUUUCUGUUCUCUGGUA